CCCCAGGACGCUGCUGGCCCUGGGCUGCCACGUGGGCAUGGCUGAUGAAAAAGCUGAGGAGAACCUGAAGAAAAUCAAACUCCCCAAAACGUACACGAUGUCCAACGGGUACAAGCCGGCCCCCCUGGACCUGUCCCACGUGCGGCUCACGCCGGCCCAGCUGACCCUGGUGGAUCGGCUCGCUGAGAACGGGCACAACGUCUGGGCCAGGGACAGGGUCCAGCAAGGCUGGACCUACAGCACCACCCAGGACAUCAAGAACAAGAGGAACCCUCGGCUCGUGCCCUACAACCUCCUGGACGAGGGCACCAAGGCCACCAACAGGGAGAGCCUGUGCCAGGCCGUGAGGACCCUGCUGGGCUACGGCUACAACAUCGAGCCCCCCGACCAGGACACGCGUGACAUCAAACGCAGCAACUGCCCCAUGGUGGAGCCCAACACCAAACUGUUCCCGGCCGUUUUCGUGCAGCCCACCACCCAAAACGUGCUGCAGUUCGAGCUGGGCAAGCUCAAGAACAUCAUGCCCAUCUCGGCUGCCAUGUUCAGCAGCGAGAGGCAGAACCCGGCCCCCCAGUGCCCGCCCAGGUUGGUGAUCCAGCACCUGAGCCCCGUCACCUGGAGCAGGAUGCCCACGGAGUACCUGGGCACGGAGAGCGCCCGGCUGGGCGAACACCUUGGGGUCCCAUCCCAGGUGUUCCACCCCAUCCCAACCUCCCAUCCACCCCUCACCUGCCCCCAAAAACCAACCCCCUCCAGGUGCAUCGACAUCCUGGAGCUGUGGGAGCGCCAGGAUCUGCUGCAGUUCCAGUGCCACACCCUGCGCCUCUACUGCGCCGUGUGCGCCCUGGGCAACAACCGCGUGGCCCACGCCCUGUGCAGCCACGUGGACCAGGCUCAGCUCCUGUUCGCCAUCGAGAGCCCCGAGCUGCCGGGCCCGCUGCGGGCCGGCUACUACGACCUGCUGCUAGCCAUGCACCUGGACUCGGCACAGCGAGCGCGCUCGUCCAUGAGCGCCGAGUUCAUCGUGCCCAUCACCGAGGCCACCCGCGGCAUCGCGCUCUUCCCCGGCGGGGGUCGCUGCCCGGGACCACCUGGGGUGGGGCCCAGCGCGUGUUUGAGACCCCAGCCCCAUUUCUCGGAGCCGUGUUUCAUCCGCGCCGCUGGCGGCGGGGGGCGGGCGCCGCUCAGCCCGGCUAUCCCGCUGCACGAGUUGGGGGCCAAGGCCAUGAGGAUGUUGGCCGAGGCGGUGGCCGGUGGUGGCCCCCACGCCCGGGACCCCGUGGGGGGAAGCGUGGAGUUCCAGUUGGUGCCCGUGCUCAAACUGGUGUCGGCGUUGCUGGCGGUGGGAGCGCUGGGAGACGAGGACGUGAGGAGGGUGCUGAGGAUGAUCGAGCCCCGAGUGUUCGGGGAUGGCAGGAGGGACGGCAAGGAGGAGGAGGAGGAGGAAGGGAUGAAGGCCAUCGAGGCUGGCGAACAGGAGGAUGAGGAGGCAAAGAGGAAAAAGGCCAUCGAGGCUGGAGAGGAGGAGGAGGAGGAAGAAGAGGAAGAGGAGGAGGAGGAUGAGGAGGAGGCCAGGAGGACGAAGGCCAUUGAGGCCGAGGAGGGGCAGCAGGAGGAGGAGGAGGAGGAGAAGGAGGAGGAGGAGGAAGAGCUGGAGGAGGGGCUGCUGCAGAUGAAGCUGCCGGAGUCGGUGAAGCUGCAGAUGUGCCACCUGCUGCAGCACCUGUGUGAGCGGGAGCUGCAGCACCGCGUCGAGGCCAUCGUGGCCUUCUCGGAGCGCCACGUGCAGCGGCUGCAGCGCGACCAGCGGUGCCGCUACGGGCGCCUGAUGAGAGCCCUGACCAUGACAGCGGCUGAGACCGCCCGGAGAACGCGCGAGUUCCGCUCCCCUCCUCAGGAACAGAUCAACAUGCUGAUGCAGUACAAGGCAGGGGCUGAGGAUGAGGAGUGUCCCGUGCCUGGGGACAUCCGGGACGAGCUGCUGGACUUCCACAAUGACCUGCUGGCCCACUGUGGCGUCGAGCUGGCGGAGGAGGAAGAGGAGGAGGAGGAGGAGACGUCGCUGAGGCAGAGGCUGAUGGGGCUGGUGCAGAAAUUCGUGGGGGUCCGGGGACCCCCAAAAGAAGAGGAGACCACCCCCGAGGAGCCCCCGGUGCCCAGCACUCUCCAGGAGCUGAUAUCCCAGACCAUGGUGCACUGGGCCCAGGAGUCGUUCAUCCAGAGCCCAGCCCUGGUUCGAGCCAUGUUCAGCCUCCUGCACCGCCAGUACGACGCCCUGGGCGAGCUGGGCCGGGCCCUGCCCAAGGCUUACGCCAUCAGUGCCACCUCGGUGCCCGACACCACGGCCCUGCUCGAGUGCCUGGGCCAGAUCCGCUCCCUGCUCAUCGUGCAGAUGGGCCCCGAGGAGGAGAACCUCAUGAUCCAGAGCAUUGGCCCCGGGCCCCCCCAGGAGAUCCGGUUCCCCAAGAUGGUGACGAACUGCUGCCGCUUCCUCUGCUACUUCUGCCGCAUCAGCCGCCAGAACCAGCGCUCCAUGUUCGACCACCUGGGCUACCUGCUGGAGAACAGCGGCAUCGGCCUGGGUAUGCAGGGCUCCACCCCCCUGGACGUGGCGGCCGCCUCGGUCAUCGACAACAACGAGCUGGCGCUGGCCCUGAAGGAGCAGGACCUGGAGAAGGUGGUGACCUACCUGGCGAGCUGUGGGCUGCAGAGCUGCCCCAUGCUGCUGGCCAAGGGCUACCCCGACAUCGGCUGGAACCCCUGUGGGGGUGAGAAGUACCUGGACUUCCUUCGCUUCGCUGUCUUUGUCAACGGGGAGAGCGUGGAGGAGAACGCCAACGUGGUGGUGAGGCUGCUGAUCCGGCGUCCCGAGUGCUUUGGGCCGGCGCUGAGGGGCGAGGGGGGCAGCGGGCUCCUGGCGGCCAUCCAGGACGCCCUGAGCAUCGCCCAGGACCCGGCCACGUUCAGCACCACGGAGAUGGCGCUGGCUCUGAACCGUUACCUGUGCCUGGCGGUGAUGCCGCUCAUCACCAAAUGCGCGCCGCUGUUCGCCGGCACCGAGCACCGCGCCAUCAUGGUGGACUCCAUGCUGCACACCAUCUACCGGCUGUCGCGCGGCCGCGCCCUCACCAAGGCCCAGCGCGACGCCAUCGAGGAGUGUCUGAUGGCGCUGUGCAGGUGGGAGCCCCCGGCGGGCACCGGCGGGGUGGGGGCGUCGCCGAAAGAAGG